GGAUCUGUAUAAAACACCGGUGAAAAUAAGUGCUUUCUUCGAGUUGGUGCGGCAACGUUAUCUCUUCACAGUGUGUCAUCGUCAACAUCAAAAAUGAAACUUAAAAUAGUUAUUUUUUGUAUAAUUGUGACGCUCCUGCAUGCUUCUGAGUCAUCAGAAGGUAACAGUUGGUCUUGGAGCGAAGACUCUGAAAAUCCAAGUUCUCCGGAUACACAAAAAUUUGACUCCGAAGAUGCCAUCCCUGCUGCUUCUGCUUAUGACCAAGGAGACACCAAUGAUUUCAAUGCAACCGCCAUUGAAGAGCUUGUAGAUGACAUAUUGGUUUCAAAGAGACAAGGGCGAAAAUUAAAUGGAUUUGACGAUUUAUCGCCUGACGAUUCCAACCUACAACAAGCACUGGACAAUGGAAAUGAUGGCGAAGCAAGAAGUAUAAUAAAAAAUCGUCUUUGCUUACUUGGAUUAGUGAAGGUAAAUUGUAAUGAAGAUCAAGUCCAAGGAAAACAUUCUUACAUAUCGCCAGAAGAAUUAGUAUAUGCUCAACCAGUUCAUAUAAAACCAGUUGGGCGUCCCAUACCAUCUAUUCCUAUUAGGAAACCCCAAAGCGGCAUUUACGGUCCUCCAAGACCUAUACAUCACUCACCAACUCCUGGGAAAUAUGGAUACGCAACUCCACCAAGAAGAGACUACAAACCAUUCCAUAAACCUGGAUAUGUAGGAUCUCCACCGGUUUAUACUUCUCCAAAUCCUACCUUUAUCAAACCCGUAUAUGAACAUAAUGAUUAUGUAUCUAGACCAAGACCCAUCUAUGCAUCAGAAAGUCCAUAUGAAUUCGAUGGUCAUAAAGAUAAAAAGAAAGUAGAAGUUUUUGUUAACGCUCAAGGGGGAUCAGCUGUAACUGCCAGUACAAGUGGUGUUCAGCAACACGUCCACCAUCACUUCCAUCACGACGCUGAGAAAAACGUGCCAGGAGCAAUUGGUUCCUCAUCCUUUAAACCAGUGUCUUCCGACUUUUCAGGAGUUAACCUUGGAAGCUACGGUGGUCAAAGCAUUGCAGGAUAUGGUGGCGAAGGACUUGGAAGUAUCGGUACUGUUAAACCAGUUCUUGAUAGUUACGAUCCUACAUCAUUCGGAGUAAAUACAAACUUUGGAACUACCGUUGGCUCUUACGGAGAUUCCGGAAUUUUCAAAAAAGAAUACAAUGUCGAUGCAGGUUCGAAUAAUGCACUUUCAAAUUAUGGAGGUGGAUAUCGAGGAGAAAGCUCCCUUCGAUCCGAAAAUUACGAUUGCGUUUGUGUUCCACAACAUCAAUGCCCCGCUCAUCAUGUUUUCGGUCGCAAAGAUGAUCUGUAUCUUGCUAUUGAUCCGAGAAAUUUGAAAAGCGAUAUAGAAGCACAACCAGUUUUAAGAGAUGUCCCUAUUAACGGCAGUUUGGUUACUCUAGCAUCGGAUGAGACAUACGAGAAUCAAAAUAAAACUGUUUCUAAACGGGAGGUAACAGAAGAUACUGAAACUGAGAGUGAUACAGAUGAAUCGGAUGAACCAUCAGCCCGCCAAGCUUACUAUGGUAACAAUGGUCAGUUUGGGAAACCAAAAUCAUGUGGGCCUCGUCAUGUUUGCUGUAAGAAACCUUUCCCGCCUCAAAUACCAUCUCAAGGUUUUAAUCAAAUCAGAAAAUGCGGAACUAGGCACGCUCAAGGUAUAAAUGGAAGAAUUAAGAAUCCAUCAUAUGAAGGUGAUAGUGAGUUUGGAGAAUAUCCAUGGCAGGUAGCCAUUCUAAAAAAAGAUCCUAAAGAAAGCGUUUAUAUUUGUGGAGGAACCCUUGUUGAUAAUCUUCAUAUUUUGACUGCUGCUCAUUGUGUUAAAAGUUAUAAAAACUACGAACUAAGAGUGCGUCUGGGUGAAUGGGACGUUAAUCAUGACGUUGAAUUUUAUCCCUACAUUGAAAAAGACAUUUCGUACGUGGAAGUCCAUCCUGAAUUUUAUGCUGGCACCCUCUAUAAUGACAUAGCAAUUCUACGUAUGGACAGACCUCUUGAUUGGACUAAAUAUCCUCACAUUAGUCCAGCAUGUCUGCCACAUCCUCGUGAUGAUUACACUGGCCAGAGAUGUUGGACAACUGGAUGGGGAAAAGACGCUUUCGGACAAAAUGGGAAGUACCAGAACAUUCUUAAAGAGGUUGAUGUUCCUGUUAUGGGAUUCCAGCAAUGCCAACAUGUAAUGAAGCAAACAAGAUUGGGCUAUGAUUUCCAGUUGCAUCCAGGUUUUGUUUGUGCCGGUGGUGAAGAAGGUAAAGAUGCCUGUAAAGGUGAUGGUGGUGGCCCAAUGGUUUGCGAACGGGGUGGAACGUGGCAAUUAGUUGGUAUUGUCAGUUGGGGAGUUGGAUGUGGAGAACGGGGAGUUCCAGGAGUUUAUACUAAAGUUGCACACUACUUGGACUGGAUUAAGCAGUCUACACAAACUUUCUAAACGAAUUUGAUCUGAGAAAUGACUGUCGCACUUUAGUUAUUCUAUUAUUUAUUGUAAACAAAAAAAUAUUUAUUCAAAAAUACUUUUUUUUGUAAUGUUUUAUUUUAUAUUUAUGUAAAUAUUUGUGAUCUUUCUCUUUGGUUCAUUCCAAAGACAGAGUAAU